AUGGAAGCGCCAAACAACGCACAACAAUAUAAUAUGGGCCCAGAGCUACAACAAGUCCAGAGAGCCUGGGAGCGUAUCCGAGUCGCUAGUCCCAUAUAUGCCUUUCUUCUUAAUGAUAUCGAUAUUUACAAUGCCGAAAAAGGCGUGUUUCACUCUCGCAUUCAAGUCGCUCCUCACCACCUUAAUUCAAAGGGUACUUUACAUGGUGUUUUCUCGGCCUGCGUCACUGACUGGGCAGGCGGAUUGGCAAUCGCUUCCUAUGGCCUUGACUCUACGGGGGUGAGCACAGAUAUUCAUGUCAAUUACCUUUCUACGGCGACCACUGGGGACUGGCUGGAGAUUGAGGGUCGGGCUAAUAAAGUGGGGAAGUCACUUGCUUUCACAUCAAUCAUCAUCUCUAAAAGGACCGAGACUGGACAGACAACCAUUGUUGCACAUGGAACCCAUACAAAAUAUAUCAGAAUACGAUGA